AUGCAGCCCAACUACUCGAUGCAACCCUACUAUGUGCAAGACCCGUCCAUCGGCCAGCGAUAUACCUCGUCCACACGUCAACGGCUUAUCUCUAGGCACCAACAAAAUGGCGUGAUUGCGCCCCUCGACCUUGCGAUUGAUUUCAGCAAGGUCGGUAAUUCAACGGGACACCUAGACUUUCAACAUCUAUCGCCGGUCUACGAAAGUCGCACACCGCCCGCGGCACCGACAAGGAAACCAGAGCAGGCGGCAAAGAGCGAUAGACAGGGACCUGGUCAGGGCACAGGACCUCAAAAUGGGAAAGGCGGACAUGCCAAGUCUGGCGAGGCUGGCGAGGCCUCCGCGCACGAUUCGAAGCAGGUGGGCACGCCCUCACGCGCAUCCCAAUUCAAGGGCAACUCGCAGCAUGGAGGGCGAGGGUCUCAAGCAGGCCACCAGUCGAGCAAAUCUCAGACGACCAACCGUUUUCACGGGGAGGGUCAGGAAUCUGCUGGACCCAAGGAGCCGGAGGCUCGCGCGCACCGAAGCGAGGGGGUCAAUGGCGAUGGUGGGUGGCAACGAGCUGGCAAGUACCGGAAGAAGGGAAUUGAUCACAAAGCCCAGGGCGGGACGACAAACCAAAGCGAGGCGCCGCCCAAGCAUACGUCGGAGCGAAAAGGAGGUUGA